GAGGACUUGCUUAAAUCUGAAAAAAAAAAAAAACAAUUGCUUAUAUUGUAGGGGUUUAAUCAGAACGUAUUGCAAAGCCAAUUUUGUUGAGAUUAUCUUGGUUUCUCUACUUCAAAGAUAUCGGAUGGCUGAAUCAGAGGUAAUUCCUCACUCAUAUUAUGUGAUGUGAAAUAGUAACCGAUAUUAUUUUACUUGUUAAAGCAUUACAUUAAUUACUUUUUGUUCUUUUAGUUGCAGCAUGAAACUUCCCAUCUUGCACAUAUAAUACGUGCUAUGGAAAAAGAUUUUGAGUUUGCAAUAGGGAUGAUUUUUUCAAAUGAAGUUGAAGCAUAUCAUAAGUAUGUGGCCUAUGCAAUUGGCAAAGGAUUUGGAGUGAGGAAGGAAAAUUUGUAUAGAAAUAGGAAAGGAGAAAUUACCCGACGUACAUUUGUGUGUAAUUGUGAGGGGUAUUCUGUUGGCUCAUCCGAUCAAGAAAAGAAAUUUGAGAGAUAUGAAGUUAGAUGUGGUUGUCUUGCUCGUAUCAAAUUUAAGGUUGAUAAUGGUGUGUAUGAAGUCAUGGAGUAUGUUUCCGACCAUAAUCAUGCAUUUGUCCCGGAUGAUCAAAAGCAUUUGAUUAGAUGUGGAAGAAUGAUAUCCGAUCCUUACAAAGGUGCUUUAGUUGACAUGAUUUCUGCUGGUGUUGGGGGGACUACGGCAUAUAAGGUUUUAGCAAAUAGAGCUGGAGGGAGCAAAAACUUGGGUUUCAUCUUGCGUGAUAGUCAAAAUAUGAUACAGACGGAAAGAUCCAAUGCUAUAAGUGGGGGAGAUUGUCAAAGUCUUCUAAAUCAUUUUCAUUGCAUACAAACGCAAAACCCAAUGUUUUCGUAUGCUUUGUAUGUAGAUCAAGAUGGUAGAUUAACAAAUUUAUUUUGGAGAGAUAGCUUGUCAAGAUUUGAUUACGAUUGUUUCGGUGAUGUGCUGGUAUUUGAUACUACGUAUCGUACUAAUAAGUAUAACAUGAUAUGUGCACCUUUUGUUGGGGUUAAUCACCAUUGGAAGAAUAUUCUAUUCGGUUGUGCAUUUUUGUUGGAUGAGACUGCAGAAUCAUUUAUUUGGUUAUUUGAGGCGUUUUUGAAGUCUAUGGGAAAUAAGGCUCCGAAAACAAUGUUCAUCGAUCAAGACCAAGCGAUGGCAAAAGCCAUUAGAAUUGUGUUUCCGAAUACACAACACCGUUUAUGCACUUGGCACAUUAUGAAAAAUGCCAAUGAAAACAUUCCAAAUCUUUACCACAAUUCGGAUUUCAAGGAUAAAUAUUUCUUAGCACUUAUGUAUAGAUGUAGAUCGGAGGACGAAUUUGAAUGUACUUGGAGGAAAAUGGAAGAGGAGUGGAGUACCGAGAAUAACAGUUGGCUUAAGAGAUUAUAUGGUCUUAGACAUAAAUGGAGUUUAGCUUUUGGUCGUGAUACUUUUUCAUGUGGUAUAAGAUCAAGCCAAAGGAGUGAGAGCACCAAUAAUGUUUUUCAACGUAUGUCGACGAAGACAUUGACUCUUGUAGAAUUUGUCCAUCAUUAUGAAGAACAAGUGAAACACAUGAGAGAAAUAGAAAGUCAAGAUGAUUACAAUUCUCGAGGGAAGCCCAAAUUGCAAGUUCCGAAUAGUGGGAUUUUGACGCAUGCUGCUUCAUUGUAUACUCGUACCAUUUUUAAAAGGUUCAAUGAAGAAUACUUGCAAAGUCUCUCCGAAUUUAUCUCAAGUACUACAUUAGAUGGAUCGGUUCAUUUGUAUACUCUCAGGUGUUUGGGGAUUCAACGUGAACAUGUUGUCAGAUUUGACCCCGCAAACUUGUCGGUUUCUUGUGAAUGUAAAUUAUUCGAAUCAAAAGGGUGGUUGUGUCGCCAUGCCUUGAAAGUGUUGGGUGGGAACAUCUUGAUUACGAGGAUUCCAUCUUCUUAUAUUUUGAAGAGAUGGACUAAGGGUGCCAAACAAGGUAUUGUGGAUUAUGAAUCUCAUCAAAUGUCACCGGGUGCAUCUAAGUUUAAUCGAUUUUCCACGUUAAUGCAACAAUCUUUGGAAUUGAUGAGUUUGGGAGCUGAAGACGCAAAUACUAUGAAAAUAGUGACGAAGAACAUGGAAAGAGCAAAGGCUGAAAUUUCAUCAUAUAAAUCAAGUGUGGUUGUUACCGAUGAUGCUAGUGAUGAUGAUGAUGAUACUGAGCCUUCUUUGUGCAAGAUUUCAGUAUUGGACCCCCUUCGAAGGAAAGGAAAGGGAAUGGGUUAUGGAAGGCUUAAAAGUUCAAGUGAGAAAAAGAAGAAAAAAUCUAAGAAAGGAACACCCUCAACGCGAAUAGAAAGUCGAGAGUUGGUUGUCCAAGCAACACGUGACGAAACUCAUUUCCCAGAUUAUUCGAGUAAUCCAAAUCUAUUUCAAAGUGCCUUUUAUCCCAACAACAUUGGUGGACCUAUAGUGAAUCUAAAUUUUCAUAAUCAGAUGCAGCAGCCACCAUACAUCAUGCCACCGGGGAAUAUGAAUGGAUUUUGCCCAUUCCCUAGUCGGAUGCAAUCACCAUAUAUCAUGCCGCCAGGGAUUAUGAGUGGUUUUUCCCCGUUCACUAGUCAGAUGUUGGAGUACCAUGAUAGAUCUCGGGGGACCAUUUUGAGUCAGGGGUCAUCAAACUCUUUUCAGCAUCUUGAGCAUCCCGCAAGCAAUAGACCGUCUGAUGCAAACAAGGACCUCCGGAUUCUAGGGGGGAGCUUGCAUAGAGGUGACGCUGUGCAGACGAUGCCAUUUCUGGCUUGUCGAGAUGGCGAAGAAGGAGGCGAUUUGUCCAGCGUCUAUGAAGAGAGGCGUGUUCUUGGGUACUACUGGUUAUACAUUUGA